AGAGAGAGAGAGAGAGAGAGGAGAAGACAGUGCUAGGAGCAGAUGACUUUUCAUCUCCACUUCACCUUGCCACUGGGUCUGUGAGAGAUUGGUUCAUUGUCAAGGAGAUUUUUUUUUUUUUACCCAUGAUUCCAUAUGGUAUGGACCGGGCUACAUGUUGCCCAACAUGCCAGUGCAAAUGUUUUCUCAAUUAGGUGUCUUAUCUCCCGUGAGUUAGCAUCAGAUGAAGCUUGCUGACAGCAUAAUGGCAGGGAAAACCUCCGACGGCUCCAUCAAAUGGCAGCUCUGCUACGACAUCUCGGCCAGAACUUGGUGGAUGGAUGAAUUUCAUCCCUUCAUCGAAGCACUUCUGCCUCACGUCCGAGCGUUUGCGUACACGUGGUUCAACCUGCAAGCCCGAAAAAGAAAAUACUUCAAAAAACAUGAAAAACGCAUGUCAAAAGAGGAAGAGAGAGCCGUGAAGGACGAACUGCUAAGUGAAAAACCCGAGGUAAAGCAAAAAUGGGCAUCCAGACUUCUGGCAAAGCUCCGGAAAGAUAUCAGGCCUGAAUUUCGGGAGGAUUUUGUUCUCACAGUCACAGGAAAAAAGCCUCCGUGUUGCGUUCUUUCCAAUCCAGACCAGAAGGGCAAGAUGAGAAGAAUUGACUGCCUUCGCCAGGCAGAUAAGGUCUGGAGGUUGGACCUUGUUAUGGUGAUUUUAUUUAAAGGUAUUCCGCUCGAAAGUACUGAUGGCGAGCGCCUUGUAAAGUCCCCACAGUGCUCUAACCCCGGGCUGUGCGUACAGCCCCACCAUAUAGGAGUUUCUGUUAAGGAACUCGAUUUAUAUUUGGCAUACUUUGUGCACGCAGCAGAUUCAAGUCAAUCUGAAAGUCCCAGCCAGCCAAGUGAAGCUGAUAUUAAGGACCAGCCAGAAAAUGGACAUUUGGGCUUCCAGGACAGUUUUGUCACAUCAGGUGUUUUCAGUGUGACUGAGCUAGUAAGAGUCUCACAAACACCGAUAGCUGCAGGAACAGGCCCUAAUUUCUCCCUCUCAGAUUUGGAAAGUUCUUCGUACUACAGCAUGAGCCCAGGAGCAAUGAGGAGGUCUUUACCUAGCACAUCCUCUACCAGCUCCACAAAACGUCUCAAGUCUGUGGAGGAUGAGAUGGACAGCCCUGGUGAGGAGCCGUUCUACACAAGCCAAGGGCGCUCUCCAGGCAGUGGCAGCCAGUCCAGUGGAUGGCAUGAAGUGGAGCCAGGAAGAGGAAACUCACUGGUCAAACCCUUGGACACCAGAAUAGUUGCAUGCAGUUUCCCAGGGAGCCAGAUAGCUCUAAAGCUUCCCAGAUAUCUAAGAAACCCCGAACACCGCGGAGCACUUCAUGGAAUGCCAUCGCCAACUACAUUAAAGAAGUCAGAGAAGUCUGGUUUCAGCAGUCCCUCGCCUUCGCAGACCUCCUCCCUUGGAACGGCUUUCACACAGCACCAUCGACCUGUCAUUACAGGACCCAGAGCAAGUCCACAUGCAACACCAUCGACUCUUCAUUUUCCAACAUCACCCAUUAUUCAACAGCCUGGGCCAUACUUCUCACACCCAGCAAUCCGCUAUCAUCCUCAGGAGACUCUGAAAGAGUUUGUCCAACUUGUCUGCCCCGACGCUGGUCAGCAGGCUGGACAGGUGGGGUUCCUAAAUCCCAAUGGUAGCAGCCAAGGCAAGGUGCACAAUCCAUUCCUUCCUACCCCAAUGUUGCCACCACCACCUCCGCCACCAAUGGCUAGGCCUGUGCCUCUGCCAGUGCCAGACACAAAACCUCCAACCACAUCAACAGAAGGAGGGGCCACCUCUCCCACUUCUCCAAUCCUGGUACCUGGGAUAAAAGUCUCCGCUUCCCACCACGCACCGGACAGACCACCAGACCCCUUCCCACCUCUGUAACACGGAAGCAGCAGCAACGCAGCGCAGCGACUUCACAUCGGCGGAAGGGGAGGCGAGCAGACACCGACAGCAAACUCGUUCAUGGAAAUGGCAAACGUUAUGGUUGAAUGGCAAAGGCCGUAACUUUCUCUCGAGAUUUGAUUUUAAUUUUUCUUUUUUUUUUUAAUUUUUUUUUUUUUAGACAACUUUAGGACUGUUGUAAUUUCUCAUAUGGUGCUGGAAAUGGUUGGGCUUCAUAACUUUUGAAGUGUUUCAUUGGUAGUGUAAGCGUUAGGUGACACUGAGUAGAACUAGCCUCUGCUGCUGCUUACCAACUCGCUGUUGUAACACACUUUCCAUAUGGAGCCUAACUGUUUUACAGUAUCCUCAUCGGAUUUUCCCAUACAGGUGUGAGACUUCUUGAGAAAUCAUGAAACACACUUAAACUAUAACUUUUGUAGUAGCUGAAUUCUGCAAUAUAUAACUUACCGGACAGACAUAGAGCAUGUUUUUUUUUUUUUCUGUAACAUAUCGGGGAAAAAAAAAUGCAGGUUUCUUUUUUUUGUUGUUGUUGUUGUUGGGGUUUUUUCCUUUUUUUUUUUUUUUACAGUCGGCACUUAGAGACGUAACAUGAACCAUAAGAGCAUUGUCAACAAUUUUUUUCCACUUCGAUUGCAGAGCGAUUUAAAACAUCAAACUACUACUAUUCACUUAAAAAAAAAAAGAAAAAAAAGAAAAAAAGUUUGAAAUGCUGCACUUACAUUUAAAAAAAACAUUUUUCAACAAUUUUCAACAAUUACACAAAAAUUCACGCAGAAAUGGGGAAGUUGGUCUGUUUUGACAGAAACUGACAGGAAUCAAUCAAAACAAUCGAAUUUUGAAUUGAGUAAAGUGCAAUUUCAUUGGAUAGCUAAAUAUCUUUGUAAGAUAGAGAUUGUUGAAAAUUCUAUUUUUGUUUUCCAAGUCCUUCCACCCCAGGACUCUAAAUUAUUGGGGUAAAAAACAGCCUUGCAAGAAAAAGGGGAGCUAUUUUUGCUUUUUAUGUUUUUUAUUGUUGAACUUGUAUCCCUUUAAAACUGAAGGAAAAUUAAAAAAAAAAAACAAAUCUAAUGGUGCUUUUACCACAAUAUGUUAACUACAUUAAAUGCUAAUUAAUCAUUUUCUGUUAUCAAAGCACAUAACUAAAAUUAAAUCAUAAUAUCUGUUAAUUUUAUAAGCUAAAAGUCACUAUAAUGGAUUAUGCCAAUUCUGACAAAUUUUACGUGUUUCCGGCAAUAUAGGGUUUAACAGUUCUCAAACACCUUGGGAAUAAGAGAGAACGGUCCAGAAAGUAAAACACCUUCGUGUCCCUGAACUGGUACAUUUUCUGGACUGUGGAGAAAUCAUUACAGAAACGAACGAUGCUGAUCUUCUUACAACUUAUGCCAGUUCAAAGCAAGGGCACUUGCUGAAGAAGAAAAAAGAAAAAAAACAGACAAAUAAGUAGAAAAUGAAAAAAAAAAAAAAAAAAGAAGUUUGGACCCCAAACGUCCUGUAUCUUAUGUACAAAAAAAAGGAAAAAAAAAGAAAAAAAAAAAGAGUGCAAGUGAUUUUUUCUAUCAGACAGCGGAGCACCCCUUUGCUUCACAUGCAACUUUAAGAAGGUUUCCUAUACUAUACAUAUAUAUACGUUCUGGUUGGCGAGUCCAGCUAAUCAGAGAAAGUCUCUGCAUGUUCUAGUGUUAGUAACUAAUUUUUAUAUAGUUAAUGUAGGGUAAAGUAGAGUGCAUUAAGACACAAUAUUGUAAUCCCUAUUCCAGGCACUUGCCUUUAAACUAUGUUUGUUCGACCCUUCAGAAGGGUUUCUACUACUGUCCUAUACAAUCAAGUAACUGAAAUUCUUGGGAAGACACUUUGCUCCUCAUCUUUUCCCUGAAACGAUGUUUUGUUUUGUUUUCUUAAUUUGCACGAAACAAAAAAAAAAAAAAAUUCCAUAUCAAUGUGCCUUGCCCUGGAUAGCGAUUAUUUGUGGAAUUGUUGCACAUGUUCCUAUAUUGAAAGGGGUUUUUCCCUAGUCAAGCAUUUGGAGACACUUUUUGUAAAUGUGACUUUUAUGUCAGCCAUUGUCAGUUCCAACAUCUAGAAUUAAAUAGGAUGUUAGUUGUUCCGCAGAUAGGAGUAGUGUUUAUUGUCCUGUAUGGUCAGUGGCAGUGCUAUUCUGAGAUCUGUAGAUGCUAGAUUAUCAGUAUUUUUGGAUGUUGCUGCAUUUUACCUUUUAUUUGGAGUCUUCCUUUUUUUGUUUUGUUUUCUCCCAGAUAUAUGAAAAUAUGCAAUACCUGCUUAUAUCAUGUAGAAAAGCUUAGCAAUUAUUAAUUUUUCUUUUAAUUUUUUUUUAUUUGACCAAAGUUGGUGCUGCACUUGACGCAGUGUGUUUUAGGUGUUUGUCUUUGUACUUUUGUGAUUUUUGAAUGCACAUGCAGGAAGGGCUCUUCUUAGAGAAGCAGUCAAACUGUGAAGCACUAAGCUGAACCCUGCUUCAAGCAAUUUUUGUUUUACAACUGUUCCUUUCACAAGCAAGCCUUAAAAAAAAAAAAAACAACUUCCUUUUUCUUCAGAUCCCACACCCAUUUUUAUUAGCAGACUGCAAUCAAUCCACAUUCAAUAAAAGUAUAUAAUGCCCAUUUUUAUAUGCACGUUUUUAAACUUCCAAGUUCUGAAAAUUGUUUACUGGUUAUUCUCUAUUUAAGGAAAAAAUAAAAUGUUUUGGAUUUUCAUAUGUGUCUGAUAAGUGGUUGAGUAGUCAUUUUGCUCUAUUGUAUUGUGUGAUUGUUAGUAUAUGGUAUCACAUCCUCUAGCCAGCAUCCUUUGCCUUCCCUAUAGCACUUAGCUGGGCAUUACUUUAUUAAGACAUAUGUGCACUAAAAAAAAAAAAAAAUAGCAGCUUUCAGUGCUUCACAGUGAAGGGAAAAAAGCCUAGACAAACAUUUUGUCAGAACCUUGCUAUGAGACAAGGUAUUACCAGUAAAUUGGUUGUAUAUACAAUAAAAUUGCACCCUUUUUUAAACAAAACAAACUAAGCAAUAGUUUGGGCAGUUAGUUGUUUUUAGUGAGCAUGUUGUAGUCAUGG